AUGCACAACAUAACUUUCCAAACUGGCGAAUAUCAAACCAACCCAAUCCAUCCAGCGUUACACGACAGGGAUGAUUGCUGUCAAGAAUAUGCUCAAGAUCAUCACUCUGCAUGCAUGGACAGCAGUUACACAGACAGUAUUGAUUUGAAUUGGCCUAUGGCACGGGCUCAAUUCACUCGCCCAACGACUUUCGCCCUCAUGUGCUACCAGUUGACGCCACCCGUCGUCGACUUAGCCCUAUUGGCAACUUGUGCAGAUCUAUUGUGCCCAGGAGCCCAGGUUGUGCAGGUGUCUCGUUCUACCUGA